AUGAGUCUACCAAAAACAUUCCGACAGGCCGUUUUCAAAGAGGCCGGUGGUCCAUUGGUCAUCGAAGAGGCCAGUUUUACCCCUCCUGCUCAGGGCGAGAUCCUGGUCCAAGUCGAGGCAUGCGGAGUAUGCUUCUCGGAUACUAUCACACAACAUGACUAUAUGGGAGGCGGAUUUCCACAGGUUCCAGGUCAUGAGAUAAUCGGAAAAGUUGUUGCUGUUGGGAGUGGGGUCUCGGGAUGGACGGUUGGUGAUCGUGUCGGUGGUGGAUGGCAUGGAGGACAUGAUGGUACAUGCACAGCUUGCAGGACUGGUCAUUACCAAAUGUGCGAUAACCAGCUUGUUAAUGGAGUAACACGAGGAGGUGGAUACGCUGAAUACUGCACCAUCCGCUCCGAGGCCGCUGUGCGCAUCCCCCCAGACGUCGAUGCAGCAACAUACGCCCCCAUGCUCUGCGCCGGCGUAACAGUCUUCAACUCUAUGCGUCAGAUGCAGAUACCCCCCGGCUCAACGGUUGCCAUUCAAGGGCUCGGCGGUCUGGGACAUCUCGCUUUACAAUAUGCUAACAAAUUCGGAUACCGUGUCGUGGCGCUCUCACGGGAUAGUAAAAAGGAGAAGUUUGCUAGGCAGCUUGGUGCGCAUGAGUAUAUUGAUGGAAGCAAAGAGGAUAUUGGCGAAGCGCUGCAGAAGUUGGGAGGAGCUUCAUUGAUUGUGUCGACUGCGCCUGACAAGGCCUCUAUUACUCCAUUGUUGAGCGGACUUGGGAUUAAGGGGAAGUUGCUUAUUUUGUCCAUUGUCAACGAUCUUCCAGUGAAUACAGGGAUCCUGAUGCGAUACGGAUCUUCAGUCCAUUCAUGGCCAAGUGGACACGCAAUCGACUCCGAAGAGGCAAUCCAGUUUGCCGGCUUGCAAGAUAUCAAGUGUAUGGUCGAGACGUUUCCUCUAGAGAAAGCCAAUGAGGCUUAUGAUGCUAUGUUGAAGGGAAGCGUUCGAUUUCGCUCAGUUAUCAAGAUGAACUAG